UCUCUCUCUCUCUCUCUCUCUCUUCUCAUUUUAAUGGCGACCCAAGAUUCCCAAGGAAUCAAACUCUUCGGCAAAACCAUAACAUUCAACGCCAGUAACAUCACACAAACGAUUAAAAAAGAAGAGCAGCAACAGCAAGAGCUACAAACAACAACAGUCGUUAGAUCAUCACCAUCGGAUCUAACGGCGGAGAAGCGUCCAGACAAGAUCAUAGCAUGUCCGAGAUGCAAGAGCAUGGAGACUAAGUUCUGUUACUUCAAUAACUACAACGUUAAUCAACCAAGACACUUCUGCAAAGGUUGUCAGCGUUAUUGGACCGCAGGUGGAGCUCUCCGGAAUGUUCCCGUCGGCGCCGGUCGUCGGAAAUCCAAACCUCCGGGCCGUGUCGGUGGAUUCGCCGAGUUGCUUGGUGCUGCGGCUGGAGCCGUUGUUGAUCAGGUCGAGCUUGACGCUUUGUUGGUGGAAGAGUGGCGAGCUGCGGCGUCUCACGGUGGUUUCAGACAUGAUUAUCCGGUGAAGAGACUCCGUUGCUACACCGAUGGUCAAUCUUGUUAAUUAUUUAUAAAUUUUAAUUUUCUUUUUCUACUGUUUCUUUUCCUUUGUUUCGGGUUUGGGUUUGGGUUUCCUUAGUUUUAACCCGUUAGAAAGAACGUGGUUAAAUUUGCUUUGCUUUGCUUACUGGAUACGUACAGGCUAGCAACAAAAAUUAACUAGUUAAUUAAUUAAUUAGGAGGUUUUUAAUACUUGCUUCUCUACUAAACAGCUGUCGCUUUUUUUUUUUCAAUUCUCUUGUUGAAUAUUUUUUUAGUUGUAAA